AUGAAUAACCAACUGGACGAGGAACAAAUUGCAAUGCUGCGGCGAGCAUUCAGCAUGUUCGACUCUAGUAAACAAGGCAAGAUCGAGAAAGAGAAAGUGAGGACCAUCCUCAACACAAUGGUGCACAGCUAUGAUGACAACGAGCUGGACCAGAUGCUGGACAACGAAGAUAUAGAUGGUUCCGGAAAGCUGAACUUCGAUUCGUUCGUCCGCGUGGCGACCCACUUCUUGGACGAAGAUGACGAGGCCUUGCAAAAGGAGCUUAAGGAAGCGUUCAGAUUGUACGACAAAGAAGGCAACGGCUACAUUCCUACCUCCAGCCUUCGAGAGAUCUUAGCAGCGUUGGACGACCAGCUCACGCCUGACCAACUCAAUGAAAUGAUCGCCGAGAUUGAUACAGACGCUUCUGGCACCGUAGACUUUGACGAAUUUAUGGAAAUGAUGACUGGCGACUAA